GCCAGCCUUCCCCAGUGUCAGCAUGGCUCUUUGGAUUCAAGCUGGCUGGGCAGACCGCGAGGGUCGUCUGCAGAAAGAAGGAAGUAACAGUGCCAGGUUCCAGUGUGCGUUCCAAGUUCCACAUUCCGCCUGCAGACUCCCGGCGCCAGAGCAAAGGCUGGCCCUUGGCAGGGGACUGCUAAGUAAGCGGAACUCCAGAGACACUCCUGAAACUCUGCCCUAAAGCAAAGGAACCAGAAGGUCUGCCAGUUCUCCCUCCACCUCCCUUUCUGGGAGCAGCCAUGGCCCUGAAUGAUGUUGAUGUGCAGAAGCAGAUUAAGCACAUGAAGGCUUUCAUUGCACAGGAAGCCAAUGAGAAGGCAGAAGAAAUAGAUGCCAAGGCUGAGGAAGAAUUCUACAUCGAGAAAGGACGCCUUGUGCAAACCCAACGACUGAAGGUUAUGGAGUAUUUUGAGAAAAAGGAGAAGCAGAUAGAGCAGCAGAAGAAAAUCCAGAUGUCCACCGUAAGGAAUCAGGCAAGGCUGAAAAUCCUGAGAGCCCGAAAUGACCUCAUCUCAGAGUUGAUGAAUGAUGCAAAGCUGAGACUCAGAAUGAUUAUGGCAGACUCAGGAGUUUACCAGGGGCUGUUGUUUAAACUAGUGCUUCAGGGUCUGCUCCGACUGCUGGAGCCGGUGGUGAUUGUCCGCUGUAGGCCACAGGACCACCUCCUGGUGGAGGCUGCAGUGCAAAAAGCCAUCCCUGAAUACAUGGCAGUCUCCCAAAAAUGUGUGGAAGUCCAAGUUGACCGAGAGGUGCACCUGGCUGUGAAUGCAGCUGGAGGUGUGGAGGUUUACAGUGGCAAUCAGAGAAUAAAGGUUUCUAAUACCCUAGAAAGUCAGCUGGAUCGCUUAGCUGAGCAAAAGAUGCCAGAAAUACGAAAGGCCUUAUUUGGAGCCAAUCCCAACAGAAAGUUUUUUGUAUAAGCCUCUGGGAAUAGAAGCUCAUGUUGAAUGUUAAGCCAUAACAGCAUAAGCUAU